UAUAAAUAUCGCUCUAUUCUUCCCUCUUCAAAGUCUAUUGAAGUACCCGAAAAUCAAACGAAAACAUCGCACUUCAGUCUUCGCAGUUUCUUACUGACUGCAUAAACUUCUUCAAUGGAUAAAUACACUUCAUUGUUGGUCCGAAUUAGGGUUCCUCAACCCUCUCUUCAACGAUUUGCUGUGAUCCAAAUCUUCGAUAAACUUCGUUCAUCACUAUCAAUUGUGAAUUCUAAUUCAGAAUUGGACUACCCAGAAAGAGAAGCUAUUACGCAGUGUCUUCAUUCAAUUUCCAUUGAUGUGGUCGAACAAUCUGUGCGUGAACUAUGUCGACUCGUUAAGGACCAUAAAAUUGAUUUUUCUUAUGCCAUGAUUGAGUUUCAAUCUGCACUUGAAGGUUGCCCACCGCGUUUUGUUACUAUCUUUGUUAAAGCAAUUGGGUUCUUGGUUCGAUUUGGUUUCCAAAAUCAUAGUUUUGAUUCGGAAAGUUUUUCUGAUUCCCCGGAGAAUCAUCAUUUUGUUAAGGUUUUAUCAUGUCGUUCAGAGACUCAAUCUGAACUUGUGCAACAAGUUGUAUCAUUUGUGUUACAUGGCAAGCAACGUGGGAUUAGUGAAGUUUGUAACUACUUGAGGCCAUUAUUGAUGUUUUCCGUUGUGAGAACAUGUUCUUCCGAUUCUUCGUUGUCGUCAUUUUUGAGUCUUGUCAUAUCUUCAUUGACAUCUCUUUGUUGCUCCUUGGUUAAUGGAUUAAGUCCACUUUUUGAGAUGCUGAUUUGUUGUCUAUGUUGUUUUGUUCUUAGAGAUAUGGAGGAUAUUGGGAAAGUACUUUUUUUCGCCGAGGUUAUGGUUGAUGCAUAUAUCGUAGUUUUGCAAUACUUGGUGAAGACAGGAUCAAUGGUAACUGAAGCUCAAAUGAUUGGGGUGAAACUAUCGGAUGCUCUUCUCACAUUGUGCUUGGAGUUUGAAAAGCGUAGUAUUGAAUGCAGGCCAGUUCUUGUACUAUCAAGACGAGUUUUGUGUUUCCAGAAUGAGCUUAAAUUGCACUAUGCCCCUCAACUUUCCUCUCUUAUAUCGUCUCUCUUUGUUCUUAUCGCCCAAUUGAAACUUGAAGGUGAAAAAUUAUAUGCCCUUGAGUUUAUGGCAUUCAUUCUUAAAUGGAGGAUUCAAGAUGGGAAUAUCGUGGCUGGAGUUGCAUGUACGCGAAGUGAAGUGUCUUUGUUCCUUUUUCCCAUGAUCAACUUGAUGUCUUCUCCUUCACGAACUGUGAAGCAAUCAGUAUCUCAGUUAAUUAUACUUUUGGAAAGUCUUUUUGUAAGUCAUUCGUCUACGAAGAGAGAUGAACUAUCUUUGACAUCAUCAAGUGAUGAACUACAUGUGCAAAGAGAUUCUUUAUAUGUUAGUAAGCUCGACACUAUUAUCUUUAGGCUUCUGCAACACUUAUGGCUUCAGGAUUUAUCCCCCCAUUCUUAUUAUCUAAACAUAUAUUCUACCAAUGGGAAUAUACCAGAAAGUGGAUCAAAAUUUUGGAUAUCUCAACUAGGGAAAUAUGCUUUGUCAAUUGCUGAGAAGAAUAAAUCUUGCGAUUCAAUCUCAUCUCAAGAAGUCAUGUCAGCUGAGAUCCCUUUUUUAAUGGAUUCACUUGCUGGAAGUCUGGUUAUACAUCAGUCUUUAGGAAGCUAUGCAGUGGAAACAUUAGCUAGCCUAAGCCAGAUGGACCCUAAACUCGAUGUUGCACUGUUUCUAGCUGUUCUGUAUUACUGCAAUUUACUAAGGUGUAAUGUUAAAUGUGGUAAAGAUAUGUUGUUGAAACUUUUGAAAAUGAUAUCUUCACUUGCUUUUGACUCUGCAAUGCUACCAUUGAUAUUCCAAACCAUAUUACCAAUGCUGCAGAGGGAAUCAAAUCCGAUAUUGUACGCAACUGCACUUCGUUUGCUUUGCAAGGCUUGGGAGAUGAAUGAUAGGGUGUUUGGGACUCUGCGUAGUUUCCUGCUGCCAGAAUGUUUUGUUGAAUUCAAUUGUAAUCAUUCUAUUGCUACAAGUAUGGCUGCUUCACUUCGUGAUAUAUGCAGAAGAAAUCCAGAAAGAGGUGUCCAGCUCAUUCUGUCUGUGGCGGCAUGCAUUGAGUGCUCUGAUUCUACAGUUCGAGCUCUAGGAUUUCAAAGCCUUGGCUAUCUUUGUGAAGCUGAUGUAGUUGAUUUUUAUACGGCAUGGGAUGUCAUUGCAAUAGAUGGAAAGGGGUAUUCUACAGAUCCUGUAAUUGCUGUUAGCUUAUGCUUAUUAUUGAGGUGGGGUGCUAUGGAUUGUGAAGCUUACAUCGAAGCUUCUAUUACCGUGUUGCAAAUGUUAUGGGAUAUUGUAAUUUCAAAUUGCUCUAGCAUAAAUCCUAUUUGGAGAAAGGCUCGAAUAAUGGCUCUUGAGGCCCUAAAUUAUUUUGAGGUAUUUCAAAUUGAAAGGAGUAUCCCAAAUUUCAGAGACAAAGUUUGUAGCUUGUUGAUUCAUGAAAUAGAUAUUCAUGUUCUCCAAGUGAUUGAAAAACUUGAGAGAAAGGUUAUAAAUUAUGAGCAUAGUACUAGGAGAAGGUUGGUGAAGGAGAAUAGAGCCCCAAGAAGCAAAUUUGAGAAGCUUUUAGAGGCAUUUCCUCGUGUUUUUUGCUCUUCAGGUAAGAUAGAAACUCUGAAGAUGAUGCCUGGUACCGCUCUCUUUUACCUUCAAUUCAAUCAAAAAGAGGCCAACAAAGGAAAAUCAAAUAUUGCUGUUGAUUUAUUUUCUGAAUAUUACAACAUGCUGAUGGCUGUUGCUGCAUCUUUGUAUCUGUCAAGGAAUGUUGUUAUUGCCCUUCUUUCACUUCACUCAUGGAAGACCUUAAUGAAAAAUUGGCUGAUGGAUUAUGCAUCAAUCAUUGAUGUAAAAGCAUCAUCCACUCCAUCUGAUAGAAUGUCAAAGGCUGCCAAUAAAAUAUUGAAGAGUAUAAUGAAGGUUGCUGAAGAUUGUAUGACUAUCCCUAGGGUGGCUGAAAAUAUUGCUCUUUCAAUGGGUGCUUUAUGUAUGAUCUUGCCAGCAUCUGCUCAUACUGUCAAAGUCAUGGCAUCAAAGUUCCUAUUGAACUGGCUUUUCCAGUAUGAACAUGAGCAUCGCCAGUGGCCAGCUGCAAUUGCGGUUGGUAUGAUUUCAACUUGCCUGCAUUCAACUGAUCGUCGACAGAAACACCAAUGUGUGAAUGGACUUCUUAAGGUGGCCCAUGACAGCAAAAAUAGCCUUGUAAAAGGGGCUUGUGGUAUUGGUUUGGGUUAUUCGUGUCAAGAUCUUCUUACCAGGGUUGUAGCCACUGAUAAUGAAUCAGAUGAGGGUAACUUUGUUCUACAGGAGAAAGCUCUUUUGGGAAUGAUCGUGAGGACUUUAUCCUUGAUGAUAUGGCAACUUACUAAUAUUUCGUCUGAUCAUUUGAUGACCCUUUCUGAAUACAAGGCCCCUGGUUUGGAGGAUAAGCAUACGCAGAUGGCUUCUGGAUUGAUUUUAAAAAGUGACGAGGAUGUGGAGGAUGAUACAUGGGGUGUAUCUGGCCUUAUCAUGGGUUUGGGUAUGUGUGUUGGUGCACUGUCUAAAGCUGGAUCAUAUGAUGCAAUAUGCAAUAUUAAAGAUCUGCUGACAUCCUGGAUUGCACCAGCAGAGACUGUACCUUCUGGCCGUUUACAAUCAAAUUUGAUGCUGUCUAUUGGGGCCUGUUUAGUACUUCCAACUGUUGCAUCAAUUUGUCGGAAAUUAGAAUUGAUGCAUGAUAAGCAAUUGGAUGAUUUGCUUUUUUGUUAUGAGGAUCUCAUUUUGAAGCUUCAAUUGGAGAAAACUUCCAACUUUUUCCAUUUCAAUGGGCUAGUGGCAUCUUGUGUCGGUGCAGGGUCUUUGGUUGCCUUUAUUUUGGAUGAAGGAUUACUCUCAUUAGAUGUCCAGCGAGUGAAAACUUUGCUUGGAUUGUUUAAAAAGAUAUACUCUGGUACCUAUCCUCACCUUGUUCAUUUAGGUGCUUUCCUUGGCGUGGUUAAUGCAAUGGGCGCUGAUACUGGGAUUAUAUCUCAUCACUGUUCUUCUAAAGUUCCUGUUGUCUUUUUUGAAAAAAAGGAGUCUUCCCAUAUCAAUGCUUCACUACUGGCAUGUUCUUGUUUUGAAGAAGGUCUGCUGGCAAUCUUGCAAGAUAUGUUUCUUGUUGCGCAAGAUUCUUCUGACAGUCAACUUCAAGCGUAUGCAUCAUGGGCAAUUACAUUUCUUUAUAGUCAUCUAUCAUCUAAAGAAGACCAUGAUGAAUUGGCAAGCUCUUUGCCUGUUAGUCAAAGCUUUUCCAAGGAUACAAGUGUUGUGAAGCUCUCUACAUGGCUGAUGGAAAUUGAUUAUUCCAGAAAAAAUCCAUCAGAUGUGAAUACGGUAGCUUCUGUUUUAAGGUGUCUUUCAAGUGCCCCUAGAUUGCCAAACCUUUAUUGGGGAACAGUUGUCCAGCGCUGUAUGAAAUAUGAGGCUCAUAUUACUGAGAUCUUACCUGAAAGAGUAUCGUGUGAUAAGACAAGCCUGGUCAAAGAAUGUGUGCUUUUCUCUCUAGCUCAUGCUAAUAAAUUUGAUUCACUUAUUUCGUUGCUGGAUGAACUGACAGGCUUGCCUAGGUUCAGAACUAUUGAUCUCGUCACACAGUCAUGUUUACUCUUUAAUCUAGUAGACCUAUCAAGAAUCUUCUCAAGCUCAAGAACUCAAAUUUUGCUAGAAGACAUCUCUGAGUUCUUGGUAUCUCCAAAUUCUUCAUACCAAAAGUAUAAUACAAGGCAGAAAAGGUUUUUGCGGAUGUCCUGUUGGAAAGGACUAUUUAAGUGUUUCAACGAUGAUUCACUUGAUACUUCUGAAUACCUUUCUGGGUUGGAGAAAUGCAUGGAGAUUCUUUUUGCAUUAUUGCCUGCAGAAUCUAUUGAUUCUUUUUCAAAACAAGAAUGUAUGACUUAUCUGGAAUGGAAUGAGUCAAUUGCUUGCAUGGGCAAAACUAGAAAAGUUUGGUUAUCAGAUCUUUUACAGAUUUCACCUAGUGAUCUAGUCCCAAGAGAUGAGAAUUUUGGUGCAAUACGUAAGAAGAUACUCACGAUAACCCUACUUGUUAAAUUUGGCUCUCUGCCACUAACUGAGCUUGCAAAACUAAAAAGUUGCAUGUUAAACACCCAAUCACAAGGAAUGUGGGAGUUGUUUGUUGAACUCAUGGCAGUGCUAAAGGCUUCCAAAGGAAGUAUAAGGAGACAAUGGCUAAUUGAUGUGCUGGAAAUCAGCUGCAUAACAAAACAUCCAUCAACGGCACUGCAGUUUGUUGGUCUGCUCUCCGGUUGCUUCUGUAAAUACAUGCCUUUGCUCAUUCUAGAACCGAAAGCUGUGCUACUUGACUUGCCUGUCACUCUUUCCUCUCUUCUUUCAAGUAUUGAAUGGAGUGUCAUUGCGCACACUGCAGUUUCGUAUCUCUGGACAUUGACUCUACGGAUCCACAACUGGGCGAAAACCCUUGCAUGUGAUGGUGAAUCACCCAGUUCAGAUAUAGACCCAAGUGAAGCAGAGAUGUCAAAUUUGUUAAUACAGGUGCUCCUGGAUACAUGUCAUAAUUUGAGAGAAUUUUUGUGUUUGAAAGAUCAGCUUUUACUGGCUAACUUGAUCUAGUCCUGAUAUUUUUCCAAAUUUCUACAUUGUAUGUGAGUUUCAUUUCGCCGUUACAACUAAAUUGUAUUUUUAAGUAACAUGUAAAUUGUACCCCAUUGGUAAUUGAAUGGAAAAAUUAAGAAAAGGGGAUAAAAUCAUAAAAUAGUACUUCAGGGAAAAGCGGAAAAAAUAUAUAAAUCACAUGAAAAAAGUAAGUUAAAUGUGAAUAAAAUUAAAAUAUUAUGAAUAGUGAUCAAAAAUAAAAAUGGGAGAAACACACCCAAGAUCAGUAGAACUUUGAUUUUGAAUGAUAAAAUGUAUAACACUUUCAUCCUUUCAAAAAAAAUGUAAUACACUUUCAUACUUGAGCAUUUUUCUCAAUAGAUUUAUCGAUAAAUAAAGGAGUUUUUAAUUUCAAAAGUUUGUACGUUAUCAAUGUUAUUUUCUAGCUUUGUAACAACUAUCCUAUGAAAUACUUUAUUUUUGGAAAAACACAAAUUCUCAUG